UGACUAAUGCGUAUUGUGUGAGUGAAAGGUUUUUCUAUUUUUAUAUUGGUCGAAAGGAACCGAAUUGAUUAUUAAAAAAAAAGAAAAAAGAAAGGAAACCGAAUUUAAGAUCUAUUGAAUCGAACGGUCAAGAACGUAUGUUAUUUCAGGAGAUUAAGAUCCUACAUCACACACACGUGCCUAAAACUGUACCUUCUCUCUCUGUCAGACUCUUUUGUCUAUAAAAUCCUCGGCCCACACUAGUUUGGAGACAGUACACUCAAUCAAAAGAAAGAAAAAACAAAACCUUCCAUUUCAAGAAAGCAUCGUUUUAGUUUGUGUGUGUGUGUCCGAAAAUGGAAGAUCUUGACCAUGAGUACAAGAAUUAUUGGGAAACCACAAUGUUUUUCCAAAAUCAAGAACUCGAAUUUGACAGUUAUAAAUUUAGCUGGCCGCUAGAAGAAGCUUUUUCGGGUUCCGGCGAGUCAAGUUCGCCGGACGGAGCAGCAACGUCGCCGGUGACUUCAAAGAACGUUGCCUCUGAGAGGAAGAGACGGGAAAAGCUUAACCAGAGACUCUUUGCUCUCCGAUCUGUCGUUCCCAAUAUAAGCAAGUUGGACAAGGCAUCUAUCAUCAGAGAUUCAAUAAACUAUCUGCAAGACCUUAUUGACCAAGAGAAGAAACUGGAAGCAGAGAUCAGAGAGCUCGAAUCACGAUCAAUGUUGCUAGAUAACCCUACAAGAGAUUACGAUUGCAUCAAUAAUUUCCCGGGAAAUCAGCAGCAAGAUCUCUCCGGCAUUAAUGCCAUGAGAUCAAAGAAGUCCAGGCAGAUGGAUUACAAUACUUUUGGAUCAUCAAUCACUAGAGUGCAUAAUCACUCCCUCAUCGAAGUUCUCGAAAUGACGGUGACAUGUAUGGGAGAGAAGACAGUGGUGGUAUGCAUAACAUGUAGCAAGAAGAGAGAGACAAUGUUGCAGCUUUGUAAAUUGUUGGAGUCUUUGAAUCUCAACAUUCUCACUACUAACUUCUCUUCCUUCUCAUCUCGUCUCUCUACCACUCUCUUCCUCCAGGCGAAUGAAGAAGAGAAGAGUACAGUAGAGACAAAGAUACAAACGGCAAUUGCAGCUUAUAAUGAUCCAAAUAGUUUUACCAACUUCUAAUUUGUUUCAUUGUACCAAAAACCAGUUCUUUUUAUGCAAUCUUUAUGAAGAUGUUCUGUUGUAAGAUGGUACUAUUGCAAGGGUUUAUUUGAGCUUCAAAACACCUGAUGGGUAUUAUU